AUGGGAAAUGUGCUAAGUUGCUGCUUUCGUCAAGAUAGCGACGAAAAUGACCCGUUAUUGCAGGAACAGGACAGGUACGGCUCACAAGCCCAAUUAGAUUAUAACGAAAUGGAACAACGACAGAAGGAAAGAGUGCUUGCAAGAGAACUUGAAUUGACCGAAAUCGUGAAUAAUACGAACGAUAAGCUUAUAGAUAUAGGUAUGAUCAGCAACAGCGGUAUCGUAGCAUCCUCACACGAUUUAGGUUCGAGCUAUGUGCAAGAUCAAAGAGAAAUUUUACAUGACGUACCCUUAACGGUACUUCCCAGUUCGAAAAUAAAACAGGACACAAGGAAGGCGAUUCAAGAAUUUCACAAAAAGUACUUCGCUAACCUAGUGAAAAACCUUACCGUGGAAUAUAACAAGCCAUUGGUCGCCAAUAUCGAAUCGUGA